UUUCCGUUUUCAUCCAAGGUCAUCUUUCUUCAUCAGAACAUCACUCCUUCAAAGUGUCUUGUGAUAAAAAUGUUGCAGAAUUAAAGCACUUUUGGAGAAGUACAGGCCUUUGUCCAGCAGCUCCACAUCAAGAGGACUACAGCUAUUUCUUGAGUGAGGAUGAGAAGCAGAACCUGGCCCUGAUUGGGUCCGUCCCAAGAGAUGGCAUCAAGCAAGUCCGCAUUCAUUGGUUGCUGGAUCUGGUUAAAAUCAACUCAAUUGAAGGAUCCAUCAUCAACUACAACUUUACCCUUUUGGACCAACUGGUUGAUGUGUUACAUUCCAAUGGUCUUCAGCCUGGCUUUGAACUGAUGGGGAACCCAUCGGACUGGUACAACGACUUUGAGAACAGGACCCAGAUCUUCGCCUGGCGGGACUUGGUCCAGCUCAUAGCCAAGAGAUAUGUAGAUCGUUAUGGCCUUUCUCAGGUCGCUGAAUGGAACUUUGAAUCCUGGAAUGAACCUGAUCAUGGAGACUUUGAUAAUCUCAAUUUUACAGUACAAGGAUUUCUGAAUUACUAUGACGCAUGCUCUGAGGGCCUCAAGGCCGCCCAUCCGAGCCUGAGGUUAGGUGGCCCUGCAGACAGCUGUAGAGAACCGACCACAAAGCAACCUGUCAAGAAAAGCUGGGCCUUAAUGGAUCACUGUGUCAAUGGUAUGAACUAUUUCACCAAGGAGAAAGGCGUUAGGCUGGACUAUAUCUCCCUGCAUCUUAAGGGUGGAGGUGCAUCGCUGUCAAUUCUCUCCCAAGAGCUUGCCAAGAUAUCAGAAAUUCAGUUAAAGCACCCUUCUUUAACAACGACACCAUUCUACAAUGAUGAGGCUGAUCCCCUGGUGAACUGGAGCAGGCCGGAAUGGUGGAGAGCAGACGCUGCGUAUGCUGCCAUCGUUGCCAAGAUCAUUCUUCAACACCAGAAUAAGAUGAUUAGAGAACACACGGACAUCAGCUAUGAGCUCCUCAGCAACGACAAUGGGUUCCUCAACUGGCACCCCAACUACUUCGACCAGCGCACCCUUGUCACCCGCUUCCAGAUGAACGAGACGAAGCCCCCUAGUGUUCAGACCAUCAAGAAACCUGUCCUGAGCAUCAUGGGAUUGCUCUCUCUCCUCGGAGAGCAGCAGGUGGAGGUUGAUGACCUUUCAUAUCGUGUCAAAGGAGGAGCAGUUUCAGCUGGAGAUGUUGAUGUCCUUGCUACCAUCCACACUCCAACUCAAUCUAGAGGAUCUGACAGUUGGCAAGCUAGUAUCCUCAUACACAACAGUGCAGACACAGAUAACGUCACUGGUACUGAUAGCAUUCAGCUUGAAGUCGGUGGUGUCAACCCAGCUCUUACAACAAAUGUGGCAGACUUAGCUGGUGACCUGGUUUAUGUUGAAUACCUUCUUGAUAAUGCACAUGGAAAUCCCUCAGCCUUCUGGAGAAAGUAUGAUUCACCAGUCUAUCCUACCAGACAGCAGUUCAAGGAGAUGAGACAAAACCAGGAACCAGUUCGAAUUGUUGGACCACAGACAUUCACCCCUCCAAGCAUGACAUUCAGUAUUUCACUCAACAAACCAGGAGUCAUCCUCAUCCAUAUAUGUGCUAGAUCUGCAUCACCUCCUGAAAAGGUAACAGGUCUACACCUUCAUCAGUACACCCCAUCAGAUGUUCUAGUGAUCUGGGAUGAUUCUAAUAUCACAACUCGCUGUAUACUUACCUAUGAAGCCGAGUAUUCUUCCACAGGGAGUGAGGGAACAUAUAAGCGAAUCAACGCCGUCGAUCUCAUCUUCACUGCAUUUGUAUAUUCACCUGAUCAGGAAAAGAAGGGUGCUUCAAGUCUCAUCAGUGGCUGGUAUCGUGUGAGGGCGGUAGACUACUGGAAUCGAGUCGGGCUUUAUUCUAAUCCCAUACAACUCCAAACCCAAACUCCAUUUACCUGAGCUUUGCUCAACUCUAUCCUUUUACAGUACAUAUUUGAUGUGCAUCUAACAUUAAAUUCUCCAUUUUUAACAAAGAAAUUUCCAGGAAAACAUUAAAGGAAAACUAAUCACUUGUUUAAUGGCAGAUUUUCUUCAGAAUAUAUGAUAUAUUAAUAUACAUAUGUAUUGUAUAGAAUUAUAACUCAUCAUGUUAACUUUUUUCAAGAUAUUUACAUUUGUUGUUUAUUUUUGUAUCUAAGAGAGUAAGACUUCAUCAUGAUAAAAUGUUCAUAUUCAUACCUGCGAAUGUUUUGUAUUGGAUUUUAACUCAUAUUUAUUUUCUUAAGAUUUGUCCCUUUUUAUCCAUUAAUAGCUUAGAUGUGGACAUGGAAAUAUAUUCAUGAGAAAUAAGUACUUAUAAAUAAAGUGUAGAAAUGAAAACGACAUUUAGAAAUGGCAAUUCCUUAGGCUGAAAGA